AACUUCAACAGCUAGCAACAUGGUUCAGUGGACAGACUUUGAGCGCGUCACCAUUCAGAGCGUCUUCGAGAAGAUGGACUACGAUGACGUUGGGCCCGCGGCUCUUUCCAGGUGUCUGGUUGUGUACCCCUGGACCCAGAGGUAUUUCGGUAACUUUGGAAACCUGUACAACGCCGCUGCCAUCCAGGGAAACCCAAUGGUCGCCGCUCACGGAAAGACCGUCCUGCGCGGACUGGACCGGGCUGUCAAGAACAUGGAUGACAUCAAGGCCACCUACGCAGAGCUGAGCGUGCUACACUCCGAGAAACUGCGCGUGGAUCCAGACAACUUCCGGCUGCUGGCUGACUGCAUUACUAUUGUCGUUGCUGCGAGAAUGGGUGCUGACUUCACCGCUGAUGUCCAGCGCGCUUUCCAGAAGUUCCUGGCCGUCGUGGUGAGCUCCCUGGGCAGACAGUACCACUAGAGCCCCUCCACUCAGAGACGGAAGACCACCAGAGUACCAACAAGCUCUGAUCAAAU